GCUGAAGAAGAAAACUCUGGAGGUUACUGUGUGGGAUUAUGACAGAUAUUCCUCAAAUGAUUUCCUGGGAGAAGUGCUCAUUGAUCUCUCAAACACAGCUCAGCUGGAUAACACGCCUCGCUGGCACCCUCUAAAGGAACAAAGUGAGAGUAUUCACCAUGGAAGAACCCACCCUCCACAGGGGCCCGACGGCUCUGGGGGACUCGGAGGUCAGGGAGGCCCUGGAGAGCCAGGAGGUUCUGGAGGUCAAGGAGGGCAACCGGGGAACCAGCAGUCCCCUAAAACUUCUGUCAUCAAGAGCCGAAGUCAUGGCAUUUUCCCUGACCCCGCUAAAGACACACUGGUCCCUACAAUAGAAAAAUCCCACAGUAGUCCUGGCAGCUCCAAAUCUUCCUCUGAGGGUCACUUGCGCUCCCACGGCCCCUCACGUAGCCAGAGCAAAGGCAGCGUCACUCAAGCCCACCUGGAAGAAGCUGGGAACGCCAUCGCUGCAGCUGAGGCUGCGGUGCAACAGGCCCAAUUCCAGCCAAAUAAAACAAACCACAGAAUGAUUGAUGGGGAUGCAUACACUCUGGACAGUGAAGAAAACUUGGGCACUAACGCUGUGGACAGUGCCAUAUUUCAGGUCCCUCAGCUGAAAAACAUUCCAAAUGGAACAGAUAAAAUCCGAGGACUUGAAUCUUUGAACCUGUCUGAUUCAGAAGAUAAGAUGAUGGGUGAGAUCAAGGUUGCUCUGAAGAAGGAAAUGAAGACUGAAGGAGAGCAGCUGGUUCUUGAGAUCCUGCAGUGUAGAAACAUCACCUACAAGUUCAAAUCUCCAGACCACCUACCUGACUUGUACGUAAAGCUUUAUGUGGUGAAUGUGGCAACUCAAAAGAAGAUCAUAAAGAAGAAGACCAGAGUGUGUCGCCAUGACAGAGAGCCAUCAUUCAAUGAGACAUUUCGUUUUAACCUGAAUCCCGUUGGCCACUCUAUUCAGAUGUUCCUGGUGUCAAAUGGAGGGAAGUUUAUGAAGAAGACCCUGAUUGGCGAGGCCUACAUCUGGCUGGACAAAGUGGACAUGCGUAAGCGGGCCGUCAGCUGGCACAAGCUAGUGGCCACAACCAGUCAAACGCAGCCGUAAUCACGUGCCGUCCAUCUCCCAUCGGUGCCCUCCAAAAAAGAGAAAUAAAACAGGAAAAGGUGGGUUUGUGGAUCUGGAAUGACUGAUAGAUCAUGAAAAGAGAAAAUCAGUUGAAUGAAAUACUGUGACGAAGAGUUUGAGGCCAUUUGACACUAUUUCCACUCCCAGAGCACUGCUAUUGUCUAUUUGAGGGAGUCAUUUCUGCAACUACAUUCUACAUCUAAAAUAUCUUAGGCAUGAGCCAAUUAUUACUACCAAUUAUUACAUUUCAAUGUCAUUUCAGCUAUCACGUCCAAAUUUUUUUGCAAAAAACAUUGUUCACAAGGAGACAGACGUAGUUCUUGACACAAUCAUGUGAUGUAUAAUGACCAUAUCAUGCUAUGUUAUGCAUUGUAUAGAGGUUAUACUGUAAGAAAGACAAUCGUAAAUAUAAUGGAUUCCCCUUAUUGAAUGCAACAUCCAACUGUGCACAGUUCGAGAUUCCUCCGUUUAUAAUGUCUUGAGUGUCAUCUUCAAUGUUUAGGGAAUGUUGAAACUUCAGGUUGUGACUGACAUCAGCUACUGGACAUGGAUCCAUCAA